GUUUCGGCGAUUAUUGGAGGAUUCUCCAGCUACUCCAAACUUCGAGGUUCCAAUGAUGAUGACUGGGUCGAUCGAGUGAACCAUUUAUAUACAGUAGUCAUCCUUGUCCUGUUCGCCAUCUUUAUUAGUGGUGGUCAAUAUGUCGGUAACCCUAUUGAAUGUUGGUGUCCUGCCCACUUCACGGGAUCAUACGUUGCCUACACCAAAUCAUUCUGCUGGGUGAAAAAUACAUACUACAUUCCUAUGGACAACACGAUCCCUUUGGAACAUCAUAAAAGAGAUUCCGAGGAACUCACCUAUUACCAAUGGGUGCCAAUCAUUCUGCUCUUUAUGGCCUUUUUAUUCAAAGCACCCAGCAUCUUGUGGAGAAUCUUCAAUGGAGGAUCGGGUUUAAAUUUGGAGAAGAUUGUGAACAUGACAACAGACACUCAGAUCGGCUCCCCGGAGAAACGAGACGAGACGCUACGCCAUAUAUCAAUAUACAUGGAUAGAUGGUUGGAGACCCACCGUCAAUAUCACUGGAACGCUCUGAUUAGAGCUCGAGAACGUGUCUCUAAACUAUGUUGCUUCCUCUGCUCUAAACGAGAUGGUACCUACCUAACUGGUCUUUAUAUUUUCGUCAAACUUGUUUACGUCGUCAACGUCGUCUGUCAGUUCUUCCUACUCAAUGCUUUUAUGGGUGAAUGGUACAACUUGUAUGGUUUUGAGGUGAUGGCCGGUCUUUACAACGACCAGACUUGGAAAGAUUCACCAAGAUUCCCUAAAAUCACACUCUGUGAUUUCGACAUCCGUCAACUAACCAACAUACAACGACACACAGUUCAAUGCGUUCUUCCCAUCAAUUUAUUCAACGAAAAAAUCUUCAUUUUCCUCUGGUUCUGGUUCGUCGUCGUCGCCAUCUUGACUUGCGGUAACUUCGUUUUCUGGAUUUGGAGAGUUCUUUUCAAGACAAACCGAGUCCGAUACGCCAAGAAAUACUUAAAACUUCUAGAUGAAGUUCGAGGGGAAGAAGACAAGCGAUUCGCCAAGAAAUUUGCUGAUCAGUAUUUACGAGAUGAUGGUAUUUUCGUUCUUCGUCUGAUUUCCAAAAACUCCAAUGACAUUUUACUAUCUGACCUAGUCCUAAACUUGUGGAAAAUCUUCAAGAGCAAGCCAAUGAUAAAGAAGGAAUACAGCCAAGCUGAUGAUGAAUCAAAUGCGUAA